CCCUACCUCCCUCCGCGACUCCCUCCCUCUUUUUUUUCUUUUACUUUUUAUUUUACCAGAGGCUUUCUUGCUCUGAGAGUUGCGUGUUGUAAGUUGGAACGAGGAAGCAGAGAAAGAAAGCCGAGCUGCUGCUGCUGCUGCUGCCACACUUUUAUUCUUCUCCUCAGUCUGCGGGUGCUGAAAAUUAAAUCAUGGUGGCUGACAACCUCAAAGUGAACUGUGACCCUUCGGGGCCAAUUAUGCCUGUCCGGCCCCGGGGCCUCUUCCACAGCAUCAAGUUCUUCGUGUUUUGCCACAGUUUGCUGCAGUUGGCCCAGCUGUUGGUGUCAGGCUACAUGAAGAGCUCCAUCUCCACCAUCGAGCGGCGCUACGGCCUCUCCAGCCAGAAGUCUGGGAUCCUGGCUGCCUUCAACGAGGUGGGGAACACCAUCCUCAUCGUCUUUGUGAGUUUCUUUGGCAGUCGAGUUCACCGGCCACGCUACAUCGGAGGCGGAGCUCUGCUGGCGUGCCUGGCCUCGCUGCUGAUGGCGAUGCCACACUUCCUGAGUGGAAAGUACGACUACACGGACCGCAUCAGCUCUUCUAGUGACAACAGCUUCGGUCUCUGCGGCGUCUCCACUAUCUCCUCGUCCUCCAAUCAGACCUGCAAGGGGCAGGACACCCCCGCCCAGCAGGUGGUGUAUCCUCUGCUGCUUCUAGGUCAGCUCCUGCUGGGCAUUGGUGCCGUCCCCAUCCAGCCCUUCGGCAUCUCCUACAUCGAUGACUACGCCAGCAAGAAGAACUCUCCACUUUACCUGGGCAUCCUCCUCGCCGUGACCUCCAUCGGCCCGGCCUUCGGCUUCAUCACUGGCUCCUUCAUGCUGCGCUACUACGUUGACUUCGAUAAACUGUCAAAGGAUGAGAUCAAGUUGGAAUCCACAGACCUGCGGUGGGUGGGCGCCUGGUGGCUCGGCUUCCUGGUGGCCUCCUGCCUCCUCUUCCUCACGGCGCUGCCUUAUCUCUUCUUUCCCAGAAAUAUGCCCAAAGAGGAUGGCGCAGAUGACGUAGAGUCUAGACCGGACGUUAAUAAGCAGCAGACAAACCCGCUCCAGGAACUCACCCUUCUUCAGUUCCUCAAAAGUUUUCCUCGUAUCGCUCUGCGGACCCUGCGAAGUCCCAUCUACCUGCUGGUGGUCCUGGCGCAGGUGAACCUGGCGGCGCUGCUGUCCGGCCUCGCCACUUUCAUGGCCAAGUUCAUCGAGAAACAGUUUAGCCAGACAGUCUCAUUCUCCACAAUGAUGAUAGGUGGAGUUGGGAUCCCGCUGGCAGUGCUGGGGACCGUCCUGGGUGGAGUCUUGAUGCGAAGGUUUAACCUUUCAGUCAGAGGUGCCAGUAAGUUGUGCACCGUCGCCAUCUUCCUCUGCAUGCUGUCCGCCCUGCCGAUGCUGCUCAUUGGCUGCCCCACCCAGACGGUCUCCGGAGUCUUUCCUCACAGCAGCCAAGAGCCUUCGUGCAAUUCUGGCUGUCGAUGUCCUCAGGAGGCUUUUAACCCGGUCUGUGGUUCAGAUGGCGUCGAGUUCAAGUCUCCGUGUCACGCUGGAUGUUCCUCGGUGGAGAAUGACACCAGCGGCAAAGUCACAAACUACACCAACUGUCGAUGUGUCGGCAACGCCAGCUUCGCUCGUCCUGGGACCUGUGGAAGUGGCUGUUCCCACCUCCUGCUGCCCUUCAUGGUUCUACUGGGUCUCACCAGCUUCAUCGCUGCCUUCUCCCAAACCCCGUCAUACAUGAUGAUUCUCAGGACGGUGCCCACUGAGGACAAGUCUUUUGCGGUGGGAGUCCAGUACAUGCUGUUCAGAGUCCUCGCGUUCAUGCCCGGCCCGGUGCUCUACGGCAGCGUCAUCGACACAACCUGCCUCCUCUGGGGCAAGAAGUGCGGUAAAGCAACUUCUUGUCACUACUACAACUUGAACGGCUUCAGACAGAGGUUUCUGGGCCUACAGGUGGUCUUUGUGUGCGGAGGGCUGCUCUGCUUCCUGCUGACCAUGGUCGUCCUGCGGCGGAGGGCCGGACGUGAGGAACCGGAAAACAGAGGCGGGUACGAGCUGGUGGACGGAGAGAAGACGGCGGAGAGCAGCAAAGAAAAAGAAGCUCAGGGCAUCAAGACCUGAGGAGACAAGGCCAGAGGGCGAAAGCGAAAGAUGGAAUCGAGAGGCAGAACCAGGGGGAGGAAGGUCAGAAGCUUCUUAACGAUAUAAGGAAGCAAUGAGAGCUUCUCCUGGCUGUCAUGUAAAGGACCAGUCUGCCUGUAUAAUGAGGCAACAACACGUUUUCAUAUUGUUUUGUUUGCUACUCUUUAUGCUUAGCUCACAUUUCCAGUGCGAUCAACCACAUUUUGUCUGUAGAUGGAUUGGUUCCAAACUGAUCCUCGAACUUUUAAACAGUAAGUUCCUCUGAGUUUUAAAGCUUUGUUGAACAAGGCAACAAAGACGAGAUGAGCUCAGAGAAGAGAAUAAAUCCGUCCAACCUCGUCCUACAUGUAAAUACAGGCAUUACUGAUUUCACGUCUCUCCACCUCCUUCAGUGCAGCUGAUUCAAAGCUGGUAAUGUACUAUAAUGCAUCCGAGGCUGAAAGGAGGACCUUCCAUUCUGACAAGUUAGCAGUGUUAGCUAACAUUUAUAAUAUGUGCUACCAACUAAGGAGCUGGAAUGUGGAUGACGGCUUUUAAAACCCUUUCAGUGACUGAAGCUUCUGCACAGUUCACUGUUUCCAAACACAAAUCCUCAAUUUGCUCAAAUCUGGUGCUAACGUUCAAUAAGCUGCAGUUCCUCCAAACUCCACUAGAUGAUGCUCAAAAGAACAACGUUAAAGUGAAGUGUCCUCUGCAAAUACAUGUAUGUCAGUUCUCUUUGACCAGGGCUGUGGGUAGAUUAGUAAUCAGUCCUCAAGGUAACUACAAAUAGAGAAGAUCAUCUAGAAGAAUGAUUAUAAUGGGUUGAAGACUCAAACAGCUACAAACAGACACAGAAUUACCACAAAGACACUUUGUAGCUUCUUCCAAAAUAUGUAUAGUCUUCAUCACGCCCACAUAGAGACACCAAAUGAUAUGGACACAGCUGACAACAAAGAGACAAAAACACCAGAUUACUUCAGAUAAGUGCAGAAACACAAAUAAAAAUAAGACAAAGACACAUAAUCUACCGACAGUAUGUUUUGACUCUUUCAUUUGAGGGGUCUCCUCCCUGUGUAGGUGGGGACUUUUAUAGGGACCCGGGGAUAUAAAGGAUUAUAUUAAACAUUUACUAGUUUGACCACUGUGUUUUCCCGUCAUAUGCUGCAUGUAUUCACCUGAAAGCAAUAUUAUUUUUAUACAGAAAGUGUAUCUAGGUGUAUUUUAAUAGAUCUGAAUUCAUUUAUGGGGUUAAUCGAUUUCUGGGCAGUUUCAGUGCUGCAUAGAUAAAGUCUUUAACAUGUGUGAUUUAUUUUUGUCUUGUGAAGAUUCAAAGAAAACACUUUCUAAGUUUUUUACAGUUAAUUUUUACAUAUUUUUAUUUUUUGUGAUUUCUGGUUUCUAAUUAAGUGAAAGGGGAGGAAUGUGAAGUGCUAUUUGAGCUGAGUAAGCUAACGGGCUAACAAGCGUUGUUUAUUCACUGGGCUGUGGUUUUUUGUUUUCUCCACCUCUUACAAACUGUGAGUGUCAAACUCUGAGCCGGUCUGUGAAGCUGAAUAAACCUGAACAAAGAAGAUCCCUCUGAUGUUAGGAUGUGAAAACUGUUUCUUUUUUGUCCUGUGAAUCUUCAUUUCAUUCUGUAAAAUAUCAUGUGAAACAUUUUCUGUCACGUCAGCAGCAGAGACUCCGUUCAGACCUGGAAUUAACAUCCAUUCUGAUGAAGUCCACGUGUGAACACUGAUCUGGUCUCAGUCCACAUGUGGAGGCGGUCUGGGACCCAUGUGACUUUGGUUAGUGAAAUAAACAGAAAUAAAGAACUUAACGUGUGACAUAGGAUCACUCAGGGCAGGUUUUAUUACCAGGUCUGAGGGUCAGGAUCAGAUCUAGGACGCUUUCAGAGACACAUUUUACUACCAGGUGUGAACUCAGGUGUUUAAAGCUGCGAUCAGAUUGAUGUUAAUGUGAGGUCUAAACGUGGUUUAUUUGUGUGUGUUUGCUUCCUGUGGUUUUUCAUGGUGUUUAUUUUUUACUCCUCAUUAAAGUUAAUCCCACAGA